AUGGAUCAAGGACACACCUAAAACCUGCAGGGACACCGGCCCUCGUGGACUGGGAUUGGGGACCCCUGAUCUGCUGCAGGAUGGCUCAUCAGCAGGAUGGACUGUUUCCUCAAUCACUUCUCAAAGCUUUCAGUGUUCUGAUCUUCAUCAUUCUCUCAAAGGAUGUCUGUAAUGGUCAGCCUCAGUUGAUUGGUCCAUCUCAGGCACUGGUGGCAAGAGCUGGUGAUGAUGUAAUUUUGCCAUGUCAUCUGGAACCUGCAUACGAUGUUUCUAUAAAGACACUGGAGUGGACAAGAUCUUCCCUUGACCCUAGAUUUGUCUACGUUUCACGUGCCAGUCAGGAAAUCGAAAAAUUAAAAAAUCCUUCUUUCAAAGGAAGGACGUCAUUGUUUGUUGAUGAGCUCAAGUACGGAAAUAUUUCACUGAAAAUCUCCAAAGUGAAAUUUGAUGAUACAGGGACAUACAAAUGCUAUAUUCCAGAGAUGGAAAAAGAAGCUUUCGUCGAGCUAGUUGUUGCAUCAGAUGCUGCCACCUCACCUGUCAUCGGUUUAUCAGGGAUUGACAAAAACAGAGGAGGAGUGGUGUUACAGUGUGAGUCUGCAGGCUGGUAUCCAGAGCCUGAGCUGCUGUGGUUGGACGGGGAGGGAAACCUCCUCUCUGCUGGACCUACAGAGACCCUCAGAGGUCCUGAUGACCUCUAUACUGUCAGCAGCAGAGUGACUGUGGAGAAGAGACACAGCAACAACAUCACCUGCAGAGUCCAACAGAAGCAAAUCAGCCAGAGCAGAGAGACACACAUACAUGUUCCAGAGGAUUUCUUUGAGGUCCCAUCCAGUUCUCCCUCUGUCAUCAUUGGUUUGGCUGUUAGUUUGGCUCUUUGCAUCAUGCUGUUAAUUUCAUCAGCUGCUGUCCUUUUAUGUAGAAUGAAGAAACACAAGAACAACAGAAGCCCAGAGGAUCAGACUGAUGUGGGAGGUGCUGAAGUUCCUCUGAGAGGCUCUUCUCCCAAAACUAGGAAUAAGACUUCAUUCUGGCCAAUAACUUGGACGUCGAAACUUCAGGAGGAACAAAAGAGGAGGGAGGAAGCUGAAAAGAAUCUGCAGGACAUUAAAGAAAAGGAGGAAAACCAGGAAGCUGACAAAAAGUUGAAGGAGGAUAAAAAACAGGAUUUCCAGCAGCAGGAGAAAAAAACACCCACCAAAGAAUUUUGGAAACAGUUGGAGAAAAACCAACAUGCAGCUGAGGAGAAGCUGAAGGAGGAACAUCAUCACCUGCAGAAGAAACAUGCAGAGAUCAGCAACAUGAAGAAAGAAGAGAAAAAGAAGGAAGCUGACGCAAAGUUGAAGAAGGAUCCAUCCAUCCAUCCAUCCUCAUCCGCUUUAUCCGAGGCCGGGUCGCGGGGGCAGCAGCCUAAGCAAAGAGGCCCAGACCUCCAUCUCCAGCUUAUCCGGGGGAACACCAAGGCUGACACAAAGUUGAAGAAGGAUGAAAAACAGAAUUUCCAUCAGGAGAUAAAACAACUAAACGUCAAAGAACAUGUGAAAGAGCAACAGUCAAACAAACCUAACACACCACAGAGAGGUGACAUUAUUUUAGACGAGGUUGACAGACAUCGUGACUAUAUCUGUCUGAAAAACACUUCCAGUGAGGAUAUAUUGAUGGCAGGUUGGAAGUUAAAACUACAGCGCGGCGACCGAACCACCACAUACACAUUUAAAGAGAACUUUACACUGAAAGCUACAGAGGAACUCACUGUACAGGGAGCUGGUGGCAGGAACCCAUAUACUGACAAUGCUAAAGUGAUGUGGUUGGGCAUGAUGAUAUGGGAUUCAUACAAGCUAAAGAUCGACCUCAUCAGCAGCACUGGAGAGCGCCACAGGCUAAAGUGAUACUAAAAAAACGAUUACAUCAUGUAAACUCAUCAGGACAGUUUUGAUGAAUAAAAGAAAAAAAAGAGCAAUAUUACAUUUUAUAUAUUUCAUAUAAUUUUAAGUCAGUGUAACAGUGUUUUUUAUUAAAUUAACAAUAUGUAAAUAAACAAGGUGAUCUUCAAUAUCAGAAUCAAUAGAUCUUCAUUAUUCUUUGAGGUGCAACACAAAAACAGUUUUGUUGCAAGGGUGUGGAUGAAGACGAAGCUUCACUGUGUCUUUGUAAGCUGAAGAUACACGAGUCAAAGCAUCACGAAGAUAAACUCACAAGAUCUUGAGAGAAAAAAGCAUGAAUAUGUCACUGAGCAGUAAUUAUGUUGUUUUGUGUUUUACAACCUUUAGCACAGACACAUGUUUUGGUAUUGUAUAUCAGGAGGUGUUUUUGUAUGUCAGUGCUAAAAGUGAACCAUGUUAUUGAUGUUUUAAAUAAUCUAACAUAGUUUAAUUAACUAACAUAGUUAAUGUCAUCAAGACAAAAGCACUGAAUCAAAAGAAGAACAAACAGGUUGUUGUACUUUUAUUUCAUGAAUGGCCGAGCACUUCAAGUCCUGAUAUGUGUUAUAUUCUUAUUCUUUUCUUGAACAAAAAUAUGUUCCACCAAUAAGAAGACAGUCUCAUGCUUGUUCUCUUUGGAUCAGAUGAAUCCGGAUUCUCUCUGAGUGAUGAUUUUUCAAUAAACUCGUGAAAAAAAAA